UGCCAUGGCAGCGGCAGGCGGCCGCGGCCCGCAGCCGCGCGGGAAGCCGCCCGCCUGAGGCCUACCCCGGGCCCGGCGCCGCCGCCCGCCGCAGGCCGCCAUGGAGGACGAGCUGUACCUCGAGAACAUCGACGAGUUCGUCACCGACCAGAACCGCAUCGUGACCUACAAGUGGCUGAGCUACACCCUGGGGGUCCACGUGAACCAGGCCAAGCAGAUGCUGUUUGACUACGUGGAGAGGAAGAGGAAGGAGAGCUCAGGAGCUCAGCUCCACGUCACCUACCUGGUGGCAGGAGACCUGCUGCAGAAUGGACACCUGUGCCACAAGGUCGCAGUGGUGAGGGAGGACCAGCUGGAAGCCCUGAAGUCCAAGCUGGCCUCCCUCUGCAGCCUCCAUGUCUACAGCAUCCAGAGAGCCCUGCUGAAGGACUCAGCCCCCCUCUACAACACUGACUACGACAUCACCAAGGCCAACCUCAGCUGCUGCUCCAAGUUCAGCGCCAUCCGCUGCGCCGCCGCCGUGCCCCGGCCGCCCCCCGCCGCGCCCCCGGCCCCCCCCCCCCGCCGCCGGCCGGCUCCCGCCCCCCCGCCGCGGCCCCGGGCCGGCCGCAGGGCCCCGCCGCGGGCGGCGCAGCCGGGCAGCACCCCCGGGGCGGCGCCAGGGCGGAGGGCAGGGAAGCCUCGGCCAGGCCUCCUGAAGGCCUCCUGGGGGUUGUGCUCUGUUGUGUUGCAGGUGGCAGCAGCCAGCAGCAAGGCCCUGGGCAAGAGCAGCAUCCUCAGCAACUUCUUUGGCAAGGCUGCACUCAACAAGCUGAAGGGCAGCUCAGUGCCCAAGGAGGAGAAGGAGGUGGCCAAGGCCUCAGCUCCUGCAGCAGAGCCAGGGCCAGGCUCCAGCAGUGCUGGGAGGAGAGCAGAGGCUGCUGGGAGCCAGCAGAAGGAGAGCAAGAGUGAGAGCAAACUGAAGAAGGAUCUGGAGAAGGAGGAGGAGGAGGAGGAGGAAGAGGAAGAGGAAGUUCCUGACCUGAGGAAGAGGAAGAGGAAAAGAAUCCAACAGCCUCUCUCUGGCAGCAGUGAUGAGGAAGAUGUCCAACUGCCUCCCACAGCUGAGGAAGAGGAGGAGGCUUCAUCCCCACCUCCUGCAGCUGCCCUGGGAGCUGAGCUGCAGCCUGCUGCCACGGAGGGUGGUGCCCAGGCUCCAGCUGCAGGGAGGAGGAGGAGGAGGAGGCAGCGAGUGCUGAAGUCCAAGAUGUUCAUUGAUGAGGAGGAAGGCUGCAUGGUGACAGAGAAGGUCUAUGAGAGCGAGUCCUGCAGCGCCAGCGAGGAGGAGGAGCAGCCCUGCGCCCCCCUGGCACCAGCUGUGCCCAGGGCCCCUGCCCUGCCCCCCAGGAGGGAGCCCAAGGAGGAGAGGAAGAGCCAGAAGAGAGCAGCAGCUGCCAGCAGUGCCAGCAGGGCCAGCAGGCAGCCCUCCAUCAUGGGCUUCCUGCACAGGAAGUGACCUGGCACCCCCUCUGCCCCCUGGGGCAGUGCCCAGCUGUGCCCUCUGCCCCCCCUGGGGUGUGCCCUGCGCUGGGGCAGUGCCCAGCUGUGCCCUCUGCCCCCCCUGGGGUGUGCCCUGUGCUGGGGCAGUGCCCAGCUGUGCCCUCUGCCCCCCCUGGGGUGUGCCCUGUGCUGGGGCAGUGCCCAGCUCUGCCCUCUGCCCUGCCCCAGGGCCUGCUGCUGGCUGUGUGAGGUGCCCCCUGGCGCUGUCCUGGGCACCUCUGAGCAGCCUGGCACCCACCAGCUAGGAGCUAUGCCCAGAGGAGCUCCUGGCAGCCCUCAGACCUUCAGCUGGGGCUCCUGGGGGGCUGCUGGGUGCCCCCUGAGUGCCCACUGGAGCUGGGGCCCUCCUGGUGCCCCUCUGGCACCCUCCAGGCAGAGCCUUGGGGCAGCUGCAGGGCACUCAGCAGCCAGAGCUGGGCAGGGGUUGGCCUCAGCUGCCCUGGCAGCAGGGCCCAGGGCUGGCUCUGCCCCUGGGCACAGCAGCUCACAAUAAACCUUC